GUCCCCCCGCUCCAGCCCGGGAUGAGGCAAUAACUCUCCGGCCGGGUGUUUAUCGGCCGCGAUCGGGGCUUGGAGGGUCUCGCACCAGAGCCAGCAGCUGCCCGCGCCCCCUCCCGAGACCCAGCGCCCCCCCCGGGGCAGGACACGUCCAGCCGGGAGCCCCGCUCGCCCCCCCGGGCCGGGAGCCCUGCGGGGGGGAGGAUGUCGCAUAGGGCGGGGCAGGGGGCCCGGGAUUCCGACCCCCAGCGGGGCCCCCCGACCGUCUACGUCCUGCUGGAGGGACCCCGCAUGCCCGAGGCAGUCCAGGUGCUGAGCCUCGAGUCUUUGCUCCCCGAGUCGGGCAUCGUCGCGGACAUUGACUUAGAGAACAUCUUCUCCUUGGCCGGGGACAACUUCUACGAGCUCAAAAGCCAGCCCAUCUCCGGGAGCCCCCCGGCUGCCCCCCUGCAGCCGCCAGCCCCCCAAGCCCCGGGGGACCCCCCCGGCUCCAGCAUGUCGACGUCACGGGUGCUGCUGCGGCAGCAGCUGAUGCGGGCGCAGACCCAGGAGCAGGAGCGGCGGGAGCAGCAGCAGGCGGCCCAGUUCCUGCCCCCCAACACCGUGCCCCCCACCCCAGCCAUCUCCGUCAGCAGCCCCCUGCCCCGCCCCUCUGCCCAGGUGCCGGUUGAGGUGCUCAAGGUGAGAGCCUGGGGCACCGGCGGGGAACGGGGUGGGGAAUGGGACCUGUCCCCUCUGGGGGGCACCCCCCGGCAGCAGCCCACCCCGGGCCCCGGCAGCGCGCCCAACAGCCCCAUGGCCAUGCUGCACAUCGGCUCCAACUCGGAGAAGGAGAUCGAUGAUGUCAUCGAUGAGAUCAUCAGCCUGGAGUCCAGCUACAAUGACGAGAUGCUGAACUACAUGUCCGUAGACGGGGGGCUGCAGCUGCCCAGCACGCUGCCAGUGGCCGGGAACCUGCUGGAGAUUUAUAGCAGCCCGGGGCUCCCGGACCCAACCGUCCCGGUCAGCAACUCCUGCCCUGCCGACCUGCCCAACAUCAAGACAGAGUUGUCAGAGAAUGAAGCCAAAGCGCUGAUGAAGGAGAGGCAGAAAAAAGACAAUCACAACCUGAUUGAAAGACGCAGACGCUUCAACAUCAACGACCGAAUCAAGGAGCUGGGAACCCUCAUUCCCAAAUCCAAUGACCCGGAGAUGCGCUGGAACAAAGGAACGAUCCUAAAGGCCUCUGUGGAUUACAUCCGCAAGCUGCAGAAGGAGCAGCAGCGCUCCAAGGAGAUGGAGCUGAGACAGCGCAAGCUGGAGCAAGCGAACCGCAGCCUGCAGCUCCGGGUGCAGGAACUGGAGAUGCAAGCCCAGCUGCACGGCUUGCCCCUCACCUCGUCGGCAGGGCUGCUGCCCCUGGGGUGCUCUGGGGAGGGCACCAAGCCGGAGGGCCCUGGACCCCCUCCAUUCCUGGGGGGUCCCUCCUGCACCCCGGCUCCCGCCUCUUCCGCCGCCUGCCUCCUGGACCUGGCCUUCCCCUCGGAGGAGCUGGGGGAGGCUGGGCUGGGCUUCCCCCUGGGGCUGGGGGUUGAUGGGGGCCUGGAGGACAUUCUUAUGGAGGAUGGGGGGCCCCUGUCGCCCCUGGGGGCCUCCGACCCCCUGCUCUCGUCCCUCUCCCCUGGCGCCUCCAAAGGCUCCAGCCGCCGCAGCAGCUUCAGCAUGGAGGAGGAUUCCUGAUCCUGGCCCCGCCCCUCUGGGGUGGGAGGAGCCAGGGGAGCCACACCUCUAAUCCCAUUGGGCUCCGCCCCCUGGCUGUCUCCAGGCUCUGCUCUCCUCUUUUAUAGGCUCCGCAAGCUCCUCCCUUUCUCUCCACUUUCGCUCCAUGGGCGGGGCCCCAGGCUCAUAAGCCCCUCCUUCUCAGCUCAAGCUCCACCCCAUUGCAUAGGCCCCGCCCCAGCUGUCUGUGCACAGCACCAGAGUUCCAAAAGCUCCACCCCUCCUCAAGCCCCUCCCCCAUAACAUAGGCUCCAUCCCUUUUAGCCUGGGCCUCAGAGUUUCAGACUCUGCCCCUUUUACCCUGCCUCCCGCCCUGUUGUAUAGGCCCCGCCCCUUGUCUGUUCCCAAGCUCCACCCCUUUUCUAGCCCCCCUCACACGUGGAAGCCGUGCCUUGUCCAGACCACACCCCUUUUACAUAGGCCCUAUCCCUUAUCUGCA